AUGGAUAACAUACGCCAGAAGUCUGACCAGGAUUUCAAUAUGGUUGACAUCGAUGAUGCUGAUAAUGAUAUGGUUGUCAACUUGGAUGUAGUGAACAAUGAUGUACAAACUCCAGAUAAAUUUCAGUAUCAAACGUCAAAUAAUUUGAAAUUUUAUCCAUAUUCAAAUUCAAAUAAAUUAACUAGAAGUGUUGCUACGCUAAAUCUAUCACUAAGUAACAUAGAUUUACCUGAAUCGCAGUCAAAGGCUCUACAACGAAUAAGAGAAGAAGAAGAUGAAGAAAUGAACCAUCGUAUACAUAGAUGGUCCCCCUUCCAUACCGACGACGACGACGAUGAUCCAUCAACUCCCACUUUGAAACGAUCUGCUUCAAAAUCUGAACUAUCACCAUUCGUUAAUAAUCCAGAAACUUUGAAAAAAUGGAAUUAUAAACAACCUCCUUCAUCAAAUCUAAGUAAACAAUGGUCAUCACAAAAUAGUAGUAAUAAAAAUAAUAAUGCCAAUAAUGAUAAUAUCCCAUUCAACCGUGCUAGACCUGAUCCUCAGGCUUUCCAAUCUACUGGAUUAACCUCCAAGAUCUUUCAAAAUAAUAACCUAUAUCCUAAGAAAUUACUUAUACCAAACACACCAGUGAAACAAUACCCAUUAAAAGAUACCGGUCGAAUAUCGAAUAUAACAACUUUUUCAAAUACAAUCGAUGACUCCAUCUUUUCGGAAGAUCCAAAUAAUAGUAAUCUAACAAAUGAUACUUUACCAUUUGUUCUAUCACCAACAUUGGAAACUGCACGUAUUCGGGUUUCAACGGGGAACUCAUCACCAAUAAGUGCUUUGAAAAGUUCAAAUAAAUCUAAUAGUCGUUCACCUUAUUUGAAUAAGUUUAAAAAAUUUAAAAAAUUAAGAGAUUCUGUUAUAUUGAAAAAUGAAGAAUUAUCAAAUAGUUUACAGCAAUUUACUGAUGAUUUAUAUGGGGUAGACGAGAAUUCACAAUCUAAAAAUUUUAUUAAUGACAAUAUAUCGUUCUUUUCUCAAUUACCUCCACCAACUUAUCAAAAGGGGAAAGAUGAUUUCGUAACAGAGAAUAGUUCUACCGAUGAGGAUGAUAUGUCAACACCAACAAGAAGGAAAACCAUAGCGGGUGCAAAACAUAGAGCAGCUGAUAUCUUAUCAUCGUCAAAACAAUCUCCAAUAAGAACAAGAAAACAUGUGGCCUCUGCAUCUCCAGAUUUACAUCUUUUUGAAAGAUUUUCAAACGUUAAUAUUCUUGGUCAAAGCCAAUUCUCUACAGUUUAUCAAGUUACAUUCGAUGAGACAAAGAAAAGGUACGCCGUUAAAUCGAUUACACCAAAUAAACAUAAUUCAUUGCAUAGAAUUCUUCAAGAGAUUGGGCUAUUAGCCGAAAUAAGAGAUUCAAAGUUAGAUGAAGAAGGUAAGGAAUACGUGGUCGAUUUUAUAACGUCAUGGAAGUUUGAAAGCUCAUUCUAUGUGAUGACAGAUUACUAUGAAAAUGGUAAUCUUGAUAAAUUCUUACAGGAACAAGUUAUUUCCAAGAAGGCAAGAUUAGAAGAUUGGAGAAUAUGGAAAAUUAUAGUGGAAAUAUGUCUUGGCCUAAGAUUUAUUCAUGAGACCUGUCGCAUAGUUCAUCUCGAUAUCAAGCCUAGCAAUAUCAUGGUUACCUUCGAAGGUAAUCUGAAAUUAGGUGAUUUUGGGAUGGCUACACAUUUACCUUUAGAAGAUCCAAAUUUUGAAAAUGAAGGUGAUAGAGAAUACAUUGCUCCUGAGAUUAUCUCAAAAUGUACCUAUGAUUUUAGAGCUGAUAUCUUUUCAUUAGGCUUAAUGAUUGUUGAAAUCGCUGCAAAUGUUAUCUUACCAGACAAUGGUAAUGCAUGGCAUAAAUUGAGAUCUGGUGACUUAUCCGAUGCUGGAAGAUUAAGUUCUACAGAUAUCCAUUCUGAGUCACUAUUUUCUGGUGCUACAAAAAUUGAUACCCACCUAACAGAAUUAACAAUAGGAAAAGAUGAUAGAAAUUCAAGGAAGAACAGUAUAUCCAAAAUACCCGCAUGGGUACCGAGAUUCCUAAUAGAUGGAGAAUCAUUAGAAAGAGUAGUUAAAUGGAUGAUAGAUCCCAAUUAUCGCAAGAGACCCACUGCAUCUGACCUUUUGCAAACAGAAGAAUGUUUGUAUGUAGAAAGAACUAGAAAAGCCGGCGCCAUUAUCCAAGAAGACGAUUUUGGGCCAACUCCUGAAUUUUUUAAAUAG